GAAAAUAUUGUCAUCUUUGCUCAGUGUGUAAAUGUAACUUCAUUUCUAUUUUUUUUUUCCUUCUUAGGCACAGGAUCGAACAUUCUUUCUGCUCUACAGGAUUUGUUCUGGUUAUCUAAAUCCAAAGUAGAGAAACAACUCCAAAUCAUCUCCGUGCUGCAAUGGGUUCUCACUUUCCUUAUCAUGGGUGUUGCUUGCACUUUAAUCCUCAUGUACAUACUGUGCACAGAUUGCUGGGUGAUUGCUGCUCUAUAUUUAGCCUGGCUGGUAUUUGACUGGAAUACACCAAAGAAAGGUGGAAGAAGAUCCCAAUGGGUGAGAAACUGGGCCAUAUGGAGGUACUUCAGGGAUUAUUUUCCAAUAAGACUGGUUAAAACCCACAAUCUGCUGACCACCAGGAAUUACAUUUUUGGGUACCAUCCACAUGGCAUCAUGGGCUUGGGUGCCUUUUGCAACUUCAGCACAGAGGCCACAGGUGUCAGCCAGAAAUUCCCUGGGAUCCGACCAUACCUUGCUACCCUGGCUGGGAAUUUCAGGAUGCCCAUUUUGAGGGACUACUUAAUGUCUGGUGGUAUAUGUCCUGUGAACCGUGACAGCAUAGACUACAUCUUGUCCAAGAACGGCACUGGCAAUGCCAUCAUCAUCGUGGUCGGAGGGGCAGCGGAGUCCCUGAACUGCACUCCAGGGAAGAACUCUGUGACAUUGAAAAACCGGAAAGGUUUUGUGAAACUGGCUCUACGACACGGUGCGGACUUGGUUCCUGUCUACUCCUUUGGGGAGAAUGAAGUGUACAAGCAGGUGAUCUUCGAGGAGGGUUCCUGGGGAAGAUGGGUUCAGAAGAAGUUUCAGAAGCACAUUGGCUUUGCUCCAUGUAUCUUUCAUGGCCGUGGCCUCUUCUCCUCCAACACCUGGGGGUUGUUACCUUACCCCAAGCCCAUCACUACUGUUGUUGGGGAGCCCAUCACCAUCCCCAAAAUCGAUAAUCCAUCCCAGAAGGAAGUGGACUUCUACCACAGCAUAUAUGUGGACUCUUUGAUCAAACUCUUUGACAAGUAUAAGAGCAAAUUUGGCCUGCCAGAGACUGAGAUUUUGGAAGUCAACUGAAGAGACUGGCUCAGCAGUAUCUCCUUCUCUCAGAAUCAACACAUCUUCUCCAGAAGUCCAAGCUAUCAUCAUGUACUUGAAAGCAUGUGUGGGUGUAUGUGUCUUUCAAAGAAAGUGUUUAAAGUAUUGCUAGACCACUUUUAAAAAUAAUAAUUAAAAGAAAAAAGGCUUUACUUUGGAUAAAUCCCAUUACAAAUGUCUUUCUAU